UCUCUCUCUCUCCACUUUUCCUCAUCUCUCCGUCUCGGCUCGCUUCGCUUCCGUCGGCUCGAGCGACCAAACCGGAGCAGGUAGCUCGCGCGUGUGUCUGCCUUCCUCGUGCGCGACCGUUAUUUUUUUGUGUGUUUGGACUAAGAGAGCAGAGCUGCUCGUGGCUGGAGUGAGGAAAGAGGACACACUCCUCUGGAUUUCCCGCCGAUUUGCUUUCCUCGCGCUUGGUCAUCGUGGUUCUCCUGCUUUCUGUCCGGAUCUGUUAUGUGACCAAGAGCAUCGGGAAAGGGAAAUUCGGAGGAGGAGUUGUAUUCUUUCGUUCCUCUGGUCAGGGCAGCUCAUCCAUCCUGUCGUCCUUAAACUGUUGUUCUCUGUAACAAUCGCACCCUGCUGAGGCAGGUGUAGUGCGUGCGUGUGUGUGUGAGAGAGAGAGAGUUGAAUGUCACCAUGAAACCCACUUGACCUGCUCAGAGGAGUCUCCACUGGUUCUCCUGAGAUGUAAACUGCAGAAUGAACCUUUGGAGAAGGUCUCAGAGGAGAACAUGUUCCAUUGACUUUCACAUCUACAACCUCAAGCUCCUCAGUUGUUGGGAUCAUUUCUGAGCUUUGAAAGGUUGUGAUUGGUCUGUAGGAGACUCCAGCACUCUGAGUGUGUGUGUGGGUUUGUGCUGCAGCAUGUCGUCCCAAACGAUGCCACACACACCACCAACCCUGCUACUGCUGACCACACUGCUGCUGCUCACACAUGCAGAGAUUCCACCAAAGUUUUUAAGGACGCCCAAUGACCAGACGGGCGUGCAGGGCGGCGUCGCCUCCUUUAUCUGCCAGGCCACGGGCGACCCGCGACCCAAGAUUGUGUGGAACAAGAAGGGGAAGAGAGUGAGCAACCAGAGAUUUGAGGUGAUAGAGUUUGACGACGGCUCUGGAUCCGUCCUGAGAAUCCAGCCUUUGCGAACUCCGCGGGACGAAGCCAUUUAUGAAUGCGUGGCCUCCAACACUGUUGGAGAGAUUAGUGCCACCACACGCCUCACUGUUUUACGUGAGGACCAGUUGCCCCCUGGUUUUCCCACUAUAGACAUGGGUCCCCAGCUGAAGGUAGUAGAGCGUACUCGUACAGCCACCAUGCUGUGUGCAGCCAGCGGCAACCCGGACCCGGACAUCUCCUGGUUCAAAGACUUCCUCCCCGUUAAUACCAGCAACAACAACGGACGAAUCAAACAGCUCCGAUCAGAGUCCUUUGGUGGUACGCCAAUAAGAGGAGCGCUGCAGAUCGAACAGAGUGAGGAGUCGGACCAGGGGAAGUACGAAUGCGUUGCAACGAAUAACGACGGCACCCGCUACUCAGCGCCGGCUAACCUAUAUGUACGAGAGCUGCGAGAAGUUCGUCGGGUUCCCCCACGCUUCUCCAUCCCACCCACGGAUAGCGAGAUAAUGCCAGGGGGCAGCGUAAACAUCACCUGCGUGGCUGUGGGGUCACCCAUGCCCUACGUAAAGUGGAUGCUGGGGUCGGAGGACCUGACCCCGGAGGACGACAUGCCAAUCGGCCGAAACGUGCUGGAGCUGACUGAUGUCCGCCAGUCAGCCAACUACACGUGUGUUGCCAUGUCGACACUGGGUGUCAUCGAAGCGGUGGCACAGAUUACGGUCAAAGCUCUACCGAAACCACCAGGAAUUCCUGUGGUAACAGAACGCACGGCAACAAGCAUCACCCUCACAUGGGAUUCUGGGAAUCCGGAGCCAGUUUCAUAUUACAUCAUUCAGCACAAGUCAAAAUACUCCGAAGACUCUUAUAAAGAAAUUGAUGGUGUAGCUACUACACGCUACAGUGUCGGUGGCUUGAGUCCAUACUCCGAUUAUGAAUUCCGUGUGGUUGCAGUGAACAAUAUUGGCCGCGGGCCUGCUAGCGAAGCUAUUGAAGCUAAAACGGCUGAACAGGCUCCUAGUACUGCCCCUCGACAGGUCAGAGGUCGGAUGCUAAGUGCUACGACAGCUAUCAUCCACUGGGAAGAACCUGAAGAAGCUAAUGGACAGAUAAUGGGCUACAGGGUCUAUUACACAAUGGAUCCCAACCAGCACGUCAACCAGUGGGAAAAACAGAUUGUUCGGAAUGCUAACUUCCUCACCAUCCAGGGACUGACCCCUAAUAAAACAUACUACAUCAAAGUUUUGGCCUAUACGUCUGUAGGAGAUGGACCUCUGUCAGCAGACCUGCAGAUUAUAGCCAAGACUGGAGUCCCAUCCCAACCAACGGACUUUAAAGCUGAAGCCAAAUCUGAGACCAGCAUCUUGCUGUCGUGGGUCGCUCCUCCGCAGAGUGGGCCGGACAAUCAAAUCACCGGAUAUGAACUGCUUUACAAGAGGAAAGAUGAGAAGGAGGAGAAACGUGUUAGUUUUGAGUCCACCACCACCUACCUUCUGAAAGACCUGAGGCCCUUCACCACCUACACCUUCCAGCUGGCUGCCCGCAGCAGACACGGAAUUGGCGCUUACACCAACGAAAUCUCAGCCGAAACGCCGCAGACACAGCCCUCUGCACCGCCUCAGGAAGUCACAUGUUCUAGCCCAAGUUCCACCAAUAUUCUGGUAAGUUGGAAGCCGCCACCUGUGGAGCUUCAAAACGGGAUCAUUACCAAAUACACAAUUCAGUACGUCGCCACAGAAGGAGAGGACACAUCUUUACAGCAGAUUUCGGAAAUUCCUCCGGAAAAUUCCCAGUACCUCUUGGAAAACUUGGAAAAAUGGACGGAAUAUCGCAUCACAGUGACUGCCCAUACGGAUGUCGGACCUGGGCCUGAAAGCUUGCCACAGCUCAUCCGAACAGAGGAGGAUGUGCCCAGUGGCCCGCCUCGUAAAGUCGAGGUGGAGGCUGUCAACUCCUCAUCUGUUAAAGUGCUGUGGCGAUCGCCGGUGCCCAACAGACAACACGGGCAAAUUCGCGGCUACCAGGUGCAUUAUGUCAGGAUGUUUAAUGGGGAACCGAUGGGCCAUCCUGUCAUCAAGGACAUCCUGAUUGAUGAUGCUCAGUGGGAGUAUGAUGAUUCGACUGAAUAUGAAAUGGUCCUGACCGAUUUGCAGGCAGAAACCACAUACUCAGUUACAGUGGCUGCCUACACCACAAAGGGUGACGGAGCUCGCAGUAAACCAAAGCUGGUCACCACCAUGGGUGCAGUCCCAGAGAAACCUCGUCUUAUGGUCAGUCCCACUAACAUGGGCACGGCCUUGCUGCAGUGGCACCCUCCCCCGAAUACUCACGGCCCACUCCAGGGCUACCGGCUCCGCUUCGGACGCAAAGAUGUGGAGCCUCUGACAGUCAUAGAGUUCCCAGAACGUGAGAACCACUACACUACCAAAGAAAUCCACAAAGGAGCGUCCUAUACUUUCCGCCUCUCAGCACGCAACAAGGUGGGCUUUGGUGAGGAAACGGUUAAGGAGAUCACUACGGCCGAGGACACGCCCUCCGGUUUCCCACAAGGCAUUGUGGCCGAAAGUGCCACCACCACGACCAUUCAGGUCAGCUGGCAGCCCGUAUUGCUAGCAGAGCGUAACGGAGUCAUUAUCAAGUACGCCCUUCAGUACAAAGACAUCAACAGUCCCCGGAGUCCCUCCGAACUCUUCAUCGCUGCCCCAGAGUCCACCGUAAUCCUGGACGGCCUUAAAGCAGACACUACUUACGAUAUCAAAAUGUGUGCCUUCACCAGCAAGGGUCCUGGGCCUUAUAGCCCUAGCAUCCAGUUCAGAACACAACCUCUGGAUCAAGCAGUGUUUGCAAAAAAUUUUCACGUGAAAGCUGCCAUGAAGACCUCUGUGCUGCUGACCUGGGAGAUUCCAGACAACUACAACCCUGCGCAACCGUUCACAAUCCUGUAUGAUAAUGGCCAAAGCGUAGAGGUGGAUGGGAAACUGACCCAGAAGCUGAUUACCAACCUGCAACCAGAGACGCAGUACUCUUUCCUCCUGACCAACCGAGGAAACAGCGCCGGUGGUCUGCAGCACCGUGUUUCCACCAUGACUGCCCCAGACAUCCUGCGCACCAAACCCUACUUGAUUGGCAAGACCAACUCCGACGGCAUGGUCACAGUGCAGCUGCCCUCUGUGCAGACCACAGAGAAAGUCAAGGGAUACUACAUUGUUGUUGUCCCUCUGAAGAAACAGCGGACAGGGAAGUUCGCCAAACCCUGGGACAGUCCAGAUGAGAUGAACCUGGAGGAGCUUUUGAAGGAGAUAAACCGGACGAGUGGCGUUUUGCGGUUCCGGAGACAGGUCGAGCCUAAGCCAUACAUUGCUGCGUAUUUUAAAGAGUUGCCCACGGAGUUCACCCUGGGAGACACCAAGAUGUACGGAGACUUCGAAAACAAGCAGCUCCUUAACGGACAUGAAUACAUCUUCUUCGUUCUGGCCGUGCUGGAGAUCUCUGAAAACACUAUGUACGCUACCAGUCCCUACUCUGACCCGGUGGUGUCUGCUGAUAUUGACCCCCAGCCCAUCAUCGAUGAAGAAGAGGGCCUCAUUUGGGUUGUGGGCCCUGUUCUGGCUGUAGUCUUCAUCAUCUGCAUAGUCAUCGCUAUCCUCCUGUACAAGAGCAAACCAGACAGGAAACGAGCAGAGUCAGAGGCGAGGAAAGGCAGUCUGCCCAACAGCAAAGAGAUGCCUUCCCAUCAUCCCACUGAUCCGGUGGAGCUGCGCAGACUCAAUUUCCAAACCCCUGGUCCUGGAGCCUCCGGUUACCCCAGUAACCUCCAUCUGUCAAGCAUGGCCAGCCACCCGCCCAUCCCGAUCAUGGACCUAGCAGACCAUCUGGAGAGACUGAAAGCGAACGACAACCUGAAGUUCUCACAGGAAUAUGAGUCUAUUGAUCCAGGCCAGCAGUUUACAUGGGAACACUCAAACCUGGAAGUAAAUAAAGCCAAGAACCGGUAUGCUAACGUCAUCGCCUACGACCAUUCACGGGUGCUGCUUUCCGGCAUUGACGGUAUUCCUGGUAGUGACUACAUCAACGCGAACUACAUCGAUGGCUACCGAAAGCAGAAUGCGUACAUAGCAACACAGGGCUCUCUGCCGGAGACGUUUGGGGAUUUCUGGAGGAUGGUGUGGGAGCAGCGCAGUGCCAACAUCGUCAUGAUGACCAAACUGGAGGAGCGCUCCAGGGUGAAGUGUGACCAGUACUGGCCCACCAGAGGAACAGAAACGUACGGACUGAUCCAGGUGACGCUGCUGGACACGGUGGAGCUGGCCACAUACUGCGUCAGGACGUUUGCACUCUAUAAAAACGGCUCCAGUGAGAAGAGAGAAGUGAGGCAGUUCCAGUUUACCGCCUGGCCUGAUCAUGGGGUCCCUGAGCACCCCACCCCAUUUCUGGCCUUUCUACGACGGGUCAAAGCCUGCAAUCCACCAGACGCUGGACCCAUGGUGGUCCACUGCAGUGCUGGUGUGGGCCGGACUGGCUGUUUCAUCGUGAUCGAUGCCAUGCUGGAGCGGAUCAAGCACGAGAAGACAGUGGAUAUCUACGGCCAUGUGACGCUAAUGCGCGCACAGAGGAACUACAUGGUCCAGACGGAGGAUCAGUAUGUCUUCAUCCACGACGCUCUGCUGGAGGCGGUCACCUGCGGCAACACGGAGGUCCCUGCCCGCAACCUUUACGCCUACAUCCAGAAACUCACACAGAUCGAGACAGGAGAGAACGUCACGGGCAUGGAGCUGGAGUUUAAGCGUUUGGCCAAUACGAAAGCCCACACCUCACGCUUCAUUAGUGCCAAUCUGCCCUGCAACAAGUUCAAGAACCGCCUGGUGAACAUCAUGCCGUAUGAAUCCACACGUGUAUGUCUUCAGCCAAUCAGAGGAGUGGAGGGAUCCGACUACAUCAACGCCAGCUUCAUAGACGGGUACAGGCAACAGAAAGCUUACAUUGCAACGCAGGGACCUCUAGCAGAGACCACAGAAGAUUUCUGGAGGAUGCUGUGGGAGCACAACUCCACCAUUGUGGUCAUGCUGACCAAGCUCAGAGAGAUGGGCAGAGAAAAAUGCCACCAGUACUGGCCAGCAGAGCGGUCAGCCCGGUACCAGUAUUUUGUAGUGGACCCAAUGGCCGAGUAUAAUAUGCCUCAGUACAUCCUUCGAGAGUUCAAAGUCACGGAUGCCAGGGACGGCCAGUCUCGGACAGUCAGGCAGUUCCAGUUCACGGACUGGCCGGAGCAGGGAGUGCCCAAAUCGGGAGAGGGGUUCAUCGACUUCAUCGGACAGGUGCAUAAAACGAAAGAGCAGUUUGGUCAGGACGGGCCCAUCUCGGUACACUGCAGUGCGGGUGUUGGUAGAACUGGCGUGUUUAUCACUCUCAGUAUUGUUCUGGAGAGGAUGCGCUACGAGGGAGUGGUGGACAUCUUCCAGACAGUGAAGAUGCUGAGGACACAGCGGCCGGCCAUGGUCCAGACGGAGGAUCAGUACCAGUUCUGCUACCGAGCAGGCUUGGAGUAUCUUGGGAGUUUUGAUCACUAUGCAACGUAAAGAGUCCUCUUCCCCUCGAGGAAUGCGGAAGGCCCUUGGACAUCCAGAGGUCAUUUCUUCUGAGCCAUAAAAAUUCCUGCUUGUGAAAAGUACUUCUUAAACUCCUAGUCCAAGACUUUGAUUAAUUUGUUGGGUGUGAAAAAAAAACAAUAAAUAACAGUAUGACACAAAAAAAGAAAAUGAAACGGAAGACAAAAAAUUCCAUGUGGACCAAGACAAAA